AACGCGCACAUCCGUUCGAUUUCUCCCCCUUGUCGUCGCCACUUUUCUUUCUCUUUUCUUCCUUCCGUGGUCUGGCCUUCUUAAAGCAGGUUGGAAAGAUUCGGUAGUUGUUCAGUCUAUUGUAUCAAUCGAGAAAAAUGGAAGGUCGAGGCUACGGUUCAGGCUAUGGAGGUUCUGCAGGGUACUCCUCCUGGAACAGUGGUGCUGGCAACAGAGGAUCUGGAGGGUAUGAUUCUUACAGCUAUGGCUAUGGGCAGGAAUCAUCUCGGGCUAAGAGUUUCGGGGGAUAUGGGAUGCACUCCUCUAAGAGCUGGGAUUCCUCGAAACAGGGUGGCUCCGCUACUGGCUCCAACGCUGAUGCAGCAAUUGCCAAGAUCAAUCAGAAGCUGGACAUAUUGUCACAGCUACAGGGGAAUAGCGGGCCAAUGGGAGGGGGCAGUCGUCAAGCUGAGAGGUUUGACCAAUAUGAGUCCUACGACUCGCGGUCCACCUCACUAAACAACCGUGAUCUCUACAGAUCCGGCUACGGUUACAGUGAAGGGGGAACUGACUUCAGCCACCACCGGGGCGGCAAUGCCUAUGGAGCAGGUCGCUUCGAUAACUCCUACGGAUCGAACCAACCCCAGAACCCAAGAUUACGAGAGAACUUUGGCCAGAGCUGGGCCGGCCGAGGUAUUCGAGGCAUGGGCACCGGGCGGGGUUUCGGACGCUGGAACGAGCCCCUUAUGGGAGCCCGGGGCCCAGGUGCUAUUGGCUCACCAGGGGCCAAGCUUCCUUCACUUCUCUCUCCCAACGUGUACCCAGAGAUGGGCAUGUUCAGCCAGGGAAUGCAAGGGUUCUCUGGGAACAAGCGUUUUGGAGCUGGAGCUGGGUUAUGGGCCGGCAGACAGCGCGUACGGAGGAGAGCCCCCAACCGACAGAUGAAAGUACAGAAAGAUGGCAAAAAGAGAAAAUCUCAGAACAGUGGCGAUGAGCCAGAGAGCAAAAUGGGAAAGAUGGAUGCUUCUGAUUCUGAGAAUGAGGAGAAAGCUUCUGAAACUGGAGCUGAAGAAGGUGAAGCAAAACCUAAAGCAGAAGGUGAAGGUGCAGCAGAAGGAGAUGAUGCACUCACAAUGCAAGAAGAGAUUAAUCAGAUAAAGCGUAAGCUGCAAGCUAAUAAGCAGACACAGGAAAAGCAGAAAAGGCGCCAACGCAAUCGACUUAUAGAAAGGGUCCAGUUUACCUGUUCAAUCUGCCGGUUCCGAUCAUUUUAUGAUGAUGAAAUGAAGAACCACCUAGAAAGCAAGUUUCACAAGGAACACUUUAAAUUCCUUACUACUAAGCUGUCUAAGCCUACUGCUGACUUUCUACAGGAGUAUGUUUUGAAUAAAAGCCGCCGAGCUGAAGAUCGACGAAAGCACAUUGAGAACCUUAAUGCUGCAAUUGCUCAGAUCUACAAAGAACAAGAUCUUACUCAAGAACUUGGCAUGGGGCAUUUUGUCCGUAAAGUGGAAGCUGCCCAUUGUGCUGCCUGUGAUCUCUUCAUUCCCAUGCAAGUUGGGCUAAUUCAGAAGCACCUGAAAACUCCAGAGCACAAUAUAAACCGCAAGGCCAUGAUGGAACAAUCAAAGAGAACUUGCCUCUCUGUUGCACGGAGCAUCUUGAAUCACAAGGUGAUAAGCAAAAAGCUGGAGCAAUUCCUAAAGGGAGAAAAUCCAUUUACUGAUGAUGCAGAUGACAAAGGUGAAGAAAAAGAAGCUGAAGGAGGAGAGGAUAAAACUGAAGUAAAAGAAGCUGACGGAGGAGAGGAUAAAGCUGAAGGAAAAGAAGCUGAAGGAGCAGAGGGUGAAGCAACAGAAGGAGAAGCUGCUGCUGCUGCUGCUGCUGAAGCUCCUGAUGAGGCUGGAGAACAGAAUGCUGAGGAGGAAGUGGAAGAGAAGAAAGAGGGUGGCAUAGACUGGGCUGAAGAGUGUGAGGAAAGUGACCAGCAAGGUGAAAUGCCAGUAGAAGAGGAUGCCGAAGGAGUGCCAAUUGCUGACGAAGACUUGGGCACAGAAGAUGACCCAAAUGCUGAAUAGACUUAAAAUAUUGACGCAUAUUGUAUUUGCAAGAUGUGUAAUUUGGCAGAUGUUGGCUACCAAAAAAGAUUAGAAAUGCUUGACAUGGAUGGGGCUUUCAUAUUUAACAUGACCUAUAGUCUUUCAUAGUUGCGUUACACUUUGUAACUGUUAGCAGUUUUUUUUUUUUUUUUUUUUUUUUUUUUUUUUUUUUUUUUUAAUAACCUUGCCAGUGUUUGUUUUUUUUGGGGUUUUUUUUUUUUGUUUGUUUCCCGUCGGCGAGUUUGUAAGAAGAUUCUGUUAGAACUGUUUUUAUAAUACUGUGCAAGUCUUGGCUUUGGGAUAAGUUGAACAAAUGUUGUGCUAAUCUUGCACCUGUGUUUUAAACAGUUUUAGUAGUUAAUGUAUGGUGCAUCAGUUUUAAUGUAACUGUUGCGUAAUUGGUUUAUAUAAGUGAGUGCUUUGCUAAUUUAAUUUUAAAAUCCUGUUCAGAUUUUUUCUACAGCUUUGUUUAUUGUAACCUUUCAAUUGAAGCACAGAGCUUUCCACUACAACUAAAUUGGAGAGCCUUUUUUUAAUACUGUAUAUUCUGUGCACUGUUUUUGUUUGUGGAGAGAGGGGUUGUCUAAUAUAGGCUAUGAGUAACCA